CCCGACACAGCUAGGGAGGUGGGAGAUAGAGACUUACGGAGAGAUCAAACAGGGGAUAGACAGACAGAGAGACGGCCAGAGGGAGGGCCAGACGGACAGACAGACAGACGGCCAAAGGGAGGGCCAGACAGACAGACAGACAUCCAGACAGACAGCCAGACAGAUACCCUGUGGCGGAGGUACAGUAGUGGAGGCACCGUGAUUCUCCUGAGUGAUUAGUCUCUAUCAACAGUAGCUGACUGACAGAGGGUACCUGAUAUUUUUCUUGAUAACUUCAGCAGCGUUGUGCAUUUCUCUCUAGAGUAAGGGGACAAACUGUCCUCACAAAGAACUAAAUAGAAGCUGAAUGACAGACCAAGGAAUGGAGAACCAUGACAAGGGUGGAGGUGAAGGAGGAGGAGAAGGAGACAAGAAACAUCUCCCAGAGGAGGUGAGCGAGAGCGACAAGGAGACCAAGGACCAGCGCAACAAGGCGGAGAAGGGAGAGAAGGAGACAGAGAACAAUGGUAGUGAAAAGGAGAGGGUUGAGGGGAAAAGGGAAAGCUGUCGUCGCUCAGGCUCCCUGUGGAGGGGGGGCUGGGCCCUGACGGAGCGGCUAGCCAUCAACGUGUCAGGGAUGCGCUACGAGACACAGCUCCGCACUCUGGCCCAGUUCCCUGACUCCCUCCUGGGGGACCCUAACCGCAGAAUUCGCUACUUUGACCCUCUGCGCAAUGAGCUGUUCCUGGACCGGAACCGGAACUGCUUUGACGCCAUCCUCUACUUCUACCAGUCUGGCGGGCGGCUGCGGCGGCCUGCCAACGUGCCCCUGGAUGUGUUCUUGGAUGAGCUGCGCUUCUAUGAGCUUGGUGAGGAGAUCAUGGAACGCUUCAAGGAGGAUGAGGGCUUCCCCAAGGAGGAGGUGCCUGCGCUGCCUGAGAACGAGAUGCAGAGGAAGGUUUGGAUGCUUUUUGAGCACCCAGAAUCCUCCUCGGGCGCACGCAUCAUCGCCAUCAUCAGCGUCAUGGUCAUUGUGGUGUCCAUCGCCAUCUUCUGCUUGGAGACGCUGCCUGACUUCAGGAACGAGAAGGAGCUCCGAGAGAAAUUCACCUACCAGCCCCAUCCUACCCUCCCCAACAUCACCAUCCUGGUCCCUCCCACUGGCAGUGCUUUCCAUGACCCCUUCUUCCAGGUGGAGACCAUAUGUAUCUUCUGGUUCUCCUUUGAGCUCAUUAUGCGCUUAGCCAGCUCCCCCAGUAAGCUCCACUUCUUCAAGGACGUGAUGAACACUAUCGACUUCCUCGCCAUCAUUCCCUUCUUCGUCACUCUGGGCACAGAGCUGGCCAGGGACAAAACCUCCAACAAGGACCCGGGCAUGUCUUUGGCCAUCAUCAGGGUCAUUAGGCUGGUCAGGGUGUUCAGGAUCUUCAAGCUGUCGCGUCACUCCAAGGGCCUGCAGAUCCUGGGCCAGACUCUGAAGGCCAGCCUGAGAGAGCUGGCCCUGCUCAUCUUCUUCCUCUUCAUCGGAGUCAUCCUCUUCUCCAGCGCUGUCUACUUCGCCGAGGCGGACAGCCCCGACACGGUGUUCACCAGCAUCCCCGAGGCCUUCUGGUGGGCCGUGGUCUCCAUGACGACAGUGGGCUAUGGGGACAUGUACCCUACGACUCUGGGGGGCAAGCUGGUGGGCUCCAUGUGUGCCAUCGCUGGUGUGCUCACCAUCUCCCUGCCAGUCCCCGUCAUUGUGUCCAACUUCAGCUACUUCUAUCACCGAGAGACGGAGUGUCUCGAGAAAAUCAGUGAGUACACCCACAUCAGCACCUCUCUCUGGGAGGGUGAGGAUGAGGAGGGAGACGAAGGGGAGGGAGAUUACACUCCCCUGUAUGUGGGUGACUGCAAGGGAAUCUGUAACCCCCUCAAUGGGACACUGCUGUCAGGACUGUGUGCGGGGCAGGACGAGUGGGAGAACAAAGGCAACGUGUACCUCAGGGAACCCCUGGUCACUCAGGUGUGAGACAGGAUGGCUGGAUAGACAGAGGAUCUGCUGAAUACAACCCUGGUACUCUGCCUCUAAGUUAAAUAGAGAGAAAGAUAAAGGAGGAUGGCAAAGUAAAGGAGAAGAGACAAAAAAAAUACUAUUUUACUCAAGGACUUACUUGCACCGUCAAUGGCUUACACCGUUUACUACAAACAGAACUGAUGAGACCAUGGCAGAGAUAUUGUGACAGCUUGCUUUUUGCUAAUGUCACUGAGAAUCGAGUAUAAUGCCAUCAUAUUGACAAUAAAAACAGCUGAAACAGAAUGUAUAUUUAUUUAUGAUAUAUUUACCAGAUUGUAAUAACAGUUUAUACAGAACAUACAACUCUAGCAAUUGUAAAUGUUGGUGUUUUUAAGACAUGAGUGAAUUGCAGUGCCAUUUUAUAUGUUAUUGUGUGCUAGCUAGCUAAAUGCACAGGGCCGUUUUGAAUGUGUGCAGAGGGUUGACUAAGGGCGUUUUUACCAUUUUAGUGAACCCAGUGCAGUUUGCACAUUUUUUUGUGCAGCGUGAACACUCUCAAAGAACUCAGACCCCCUCAGAAGAAGAGAGAAGAGCCCCUUAAGCAAACCGAACUGAGAUCAUCUCGAGAGCUGGUCUGAGUUCGGUUCUCCUGAAUUCCGAGGUUUGAUUCCUUUUUUAGGGCAAUGUGAACACAAAGCUCCCCAGGUUACGCUUGUCAUUAUUUCCACACGACACACUAGGCUACUGCAGCAUUGUUUCCCUUGCCGUAACCGCUCACAUUGGUGCCACAAAAGAGAGAAGUGGAUGUGCAGGUUCAUGGAAAA